CCUCUAUGGUUUGUUAGAGGACCUUUGGAGGUCCUUUGGUCACAUGUUACCCAUGAUUCUGUGUAAAGGUGAUUGACAGCAGCAUUGGACCAAUCAGCUCUAGUCCAGCCCCUGCCCAUAUAAGGGAGCUGUAGCCAAUUAUCGCUCUCUUGGGUUGCUGCUCUCGUGGAUGCCGGACUAGCAGGACGGAUCUGCGCAACUUUCAAAGACACGCUAGGCCUGAAAACCUACCGGCCUCAGCAGAAACUAAACCGAAGUAUGAAUGUAACUUUAGGAUCAAAGUUGAAUAUCAUAAGGAGUAAAAGAGUGGUGACUGAUAACACCAUAUCUGCUGCUGAUAUCAUCAUCACUGAUGGCAAGAUCAGUAAUAUUCUACCUUAUGGAAAAGUACAGUCAAGUGCAUCACAGCUGCUGGAUGUUGGGGAACUUGUUGUCAUGGCUGGCAUCAUAGAUCCACAUGUUCAUGUCAAUGAGCCAGGGCGCACCGCCUGGGAGGGCUACAGAACUGCCACCCUGUCAGCCGCUGCUGGAGGAAUCACAACUAUUGUGGAUAUGCCACUUAACAGUCUCCCACCUACUACAACUGUGAACAAUUUCCACACCAAACUUCAGGCUGCCCGAGGACAAUGCUAUGUGAACGUGGCAUUUUGGGGUGGACUCAUUCCUGAAAAUCAGGUGGAGCUGAUACCCAUGUUUCAUGCUGGCGUUGCAGGCUUUAAGUGCUUUCUUAUAAACAGUGGGGUGCCAGAAUUCCCUCAUGUCAGUUUAAUGGAUCUACACUCAGCUAUGUGUGAACUACAGGAGACCAACAGUGUUCUACUGUUUCAUGCUGAACUCGAAGAUACAAGAAGCACCCCAGCCACUGGAGAUCCUAGACAGUAUGAAAGUUUUCUGACCUCGCGCCCAGAUCACAUGGAAGUUGCUGCAGUUGAGAUGGUCGCAGAUCUCUGUCUACAGUACAAAGUCCGCUGUCACAUUGUACACCUAUCAUCCGCACAAUCACUCCCCAUUAUCAGGAAGGCAAAAAAAGCAGGGGCACCGAUCACGGUAGAGACAACUCACCAUUACCUGACCCUGAGUGCUGAAAACAUACCCCCCGGAGCUACAUACUAUAAGUGCUGCCCACCUGUCAGAGGACAUAGCAAUAAGGAGGCACUAUGGAAUGCCCUUCUGCAGGGCACCAUAGACAUGGUGGUGUCUGAUCAUUCCCCAUGCACACCGGACCUCAAGCACCUACAAGAUGGAGAUUUCCUGAACGCCUGGGGAGGAAUUUCAUCUCUACAGCUAGGGCUGUCCCUUUUUUGGACCUCUGCAAGGAUCAGAGGGUUUUCAUUGUCAGAUGUAUCUCGAUUGUUGAGCAGCAACCCAGCAAAAUUAUGCAACCUGGAGGAUCGCAAAGGAGCCAUUAAAAUAGGGUACGAUGCUGACCUGGUCAUCUGGGACCCUGACAGUGAAUUCCAGGUACAAGAAAAGAACAUUUAUCAUAAAAACAAGCUCACCCCCUAUCUGGGAUUCCUUCUGUGGGGACACGUUGUGGCAACUGUGAUUCAGGGGAAUCUGGUCUAUUACAAAGGCAAACACGUCCCCAAACCUACCGGAGAACUGAUCCUCAUUCACACUGUAGACCCUUCAGAUCCUAGUGCACCAUAUUACUAAAUAUCAAAGUGGUUAUAUUAUGCAUAUUUCACUUCAUAUUUCGCUGGGCCACCUUAUACUUUUUGCUGCCCGUCUGCCUGCUACAUUAUCUGUUAAGGUGUCACCUUUAGAUUAUCAGUCAUGACCGUUUCAUAUCCGUCUUCCUGUACAGCACCCAACAGGGAUUUACCAGCACAGCCCUUGCCCUUACAGGGGUACUCCAUUGGAAAACAUUUUCUGUUAAAUCAACUGGUGUCAGAAAGUUAAACAGAUUUGUAAAUUAUAGCGUAUAGAUGAGUAGUUCGGCAAUGCUAACUUCUGUACCUGAAAGCGAGUGGACACUACUCGCUGUAGCGGAGUGUGGAUACGGUGGUGCUCGGACUCACGUAGAAUAUACCAUCAGUGCAUGAGAAAACGAAGAAAAGUCGGCACUCACCGGAUUUCCAAUUCAGCAGAUUUUAUUGCACAUUACUCACAGCCAUAGUACAAUUCUCGGGGAGACGAUGGAUGGUACAAGGGGGGUACCACAGAGAGGCGACACCGGUGUUUCGCACUUAGUAGUGCUUCAACAGGCCAUUUGUAAAUUACUUCUAUUAAAAA